GAGCUGUACAGCUACACUGAAGAAAGUGAAUUUAAGUUUAAUCGAGAAGCGUUUGAGAAAACUCUGUUUUCACAAGGUAAGGUUAUGUUGGGAAAGGGUGUAUUGUUUUUAGUGCCCUGAAGGCAAUGAUAAAGAAUGUUGAAUGGUUAGAUCCAGGACUUGUUAAGACUCCUACACUCCUGUCUAAAGAAUCAACACUUUGUAGGAAAGACACAAUUUUCUUGGCAAAUGGUUAAACAUUAAUGGUUCAACAUUGUUGAACAAAAUGGUUGAACAAGCUGAAUACAUUGUAGAUAUGUAGCGGUAACUCAUCCCUUUGUUUAUGUUAAUUUUGUAAAUGUUUUAACCCUUUAAGCCCCAAUAUCUACAUACAAAUUCUCCAAACUGGUCUCUAUACAUUUCCAUAAAGAAUAAGUUGAGAGAAUUUGACAAAAACUCAAAGCAUUUUCUCGUAGUUGAUCAUUUCAUUAAUUCUCCUGACUUAUUCUCUUGAUUGUGUAGUGAUAUUGUUUUGAGAAAAUUGAUCUUAUUGAUCUCUUUUGGGAUUUAAAUUGUUAAAGUGUUUGGGUCUUGCAUAGUCUGCUUCACAGCCGUUUUUGGUGUUGUCACGCAACGCUCCUCCCCACCAGGGGAGGAGCGUUGCGUGACGACAGUAAAAACGGCUGUGUAGCAGACUAGGUCUUGCAUGUCUCUCAUCCAUGGUACAAGCAACAUUCUUGGAAAGCUGCACCUGUGCAGUAGUAAUAUUAUGAUGGGAAUAUGUUAAUUGUGAAAUUGAAAUGACAGGAAAGUUAUUUUUCAGCCUAAGCAGGCCAGUCUUUAUGGAAAGAAUGAUGCUUUGUUACAAAUAGUUAUGGUGAAUUCUGGGACUCAUCUCAUGAAGAACUGUGACUCCCAGUGCAGAACCAAUGAGUCCCAGUUAAAAAAAAAAGAGUCUUAAAUUGAAAAUACUUGGGUCUUUAAGUAGCCACCAGAGAGUUAAUCAAAACUCAAAAGCAAAACUCUUUCUUAAAGUUUACUGAAACUAAAAUUUGCAAAUGUAGUCCUUCUGUUUAAAUCACAAAGAAGAUUAAAAUAAAUGUAGUAGCUCUCCUAACCCUAAAAGCCAAUUGGUUUGAUACGCUAACCGUAAAACAAUGGGAAAUAAUAAUAAGCAAUGAGAUGUUAUUGUUUUUUGUGACCAAUGAGGAAACACCUUACGAGCAGCUCCUACAUUAUUGAAGUAAAUGGUCAUUGUUAACAGACCAUAAGUUAUUUUGCAUCUUUGGUGAUUUCUUAUGCGUCAGGUAGGCAGGAUGCAGAGGUAACAAAAUCACUGCUGUUCAUCCUGAGUACAGCUCUCAACUCACAGUCUCAGGCCAUAGUUAAUAGAAUACCCCAGGUUACGUAUUUUUUAACAUGUCUGAACCUCCCACCUAGUAAAUAACUUGUAUACUGUAUAAAUAUUUUCACUCAGGUUAUGAAAAAUGGAUCACAAUGAAGAAAAACGAGAAGAAGAAGUUUUUGUUUCUCAUUAUGGAGAAAUGUGAAGCAGUUGACCCUGAUGUUAGACUUAAAGCAGCAAGAGUAUUACUUUAUCUCGUACAAGGUACAUUAGUAAUUAUUUAAAGUUUACAUAUCAUCAAUUUAUCAACUUACAGAUGUACUAUAAUUAUUAAUAAGCCUUCUGCACUCAAGUCCAAUCUAGGAAAAGGUGUUAGCUAGCACUUUUUAGCAUAGUCUGCGUUGAAGACAUCAUGUCAUGGUCAUAAAAUGAAUAUGGCAGAAAAUACAUGUCAUCAUGGUCAAUGUCAUAGUAAAGUAAUAUAACAUAGCAAAAAGGACUGAAACUUCUAUGCUCAUUGAAGUCUACCAAGAAUCGUUUCCCUCACUUUUCAAUUUUACAAAAUGCUGUUACAGUUAAUAACAGUGAAAAAAUAAAAAAAGGUUUCACUACGUCAUGACCCUUUUUUUCUUGCUGUUAGGGUUAAAAAUAAAAGACAAAAUUAGAGCUGGCCUGAAGCUGAAUGAAGGUCUAGAAAAAGUUUUGGAAAUACAGAAAAAGCCUACUAUAUAGAAAAGGACAGCUAACUAAUUGGAAAGGAAGAAUUUUAAAGAGAAGCCUGAUCUUCUGACAGAUCUAGUCCCAUUAGAUUUAAAUCACCCUCAUAUUCGAGGUAAAUAAUAACUUUUUUGUCUGCUUAGGAAAUUUUGGUGAAGUUAGCGAUGAGGAAGAACAGAGAGAAUGGGUAAUUAAAUUUAUAAUGCUGAGUUUGAAAUAUGAUUACUGAAAAACGUCUAUUUGAUGAAAAAUCAGAAUUCAUCACCUUGUAAAUGUUUUGUUGUUUAAUUUGCAGUCUCAGUUGAAUGUCUUCUUCCUUUACAAAAAUGGUAUAAUGCCUCUCCUUAUUCAGCUUCUGAAUGUAGAAAUCGAGUAAGUGAUAGAGAUUUAUUAUCNUCCCAUUAGAUUUAAAUCACCCUCAUAUUCGAGGUAAAUAAUAACUUUUUUGUCUGCUUAGGAAAUUUUGGUGAAGUUAGCGAUGAGGAAGAACAGAGAGAAUGGGUAAUUAAAUUUAUAAUGCUGAGUUUGAAAUAUGAUUACUGAAAAACGUCUAUUUGAUGAAAAAUCAGAAUUCAUCACCUUGUAAAUGUUUUGUUGUUUAAUUUGCAGUCUCAGUUGAAUGUCUUCUUCCUUUACAAAAAUGGUAUAAUGCCUCUCCUUAUUCAGCUUCUGAAUGUAGAAAUCGAGUAAGUGAUAGAGAUUUAUUAUCGUUUAUUACUAUUAUUAUUAUUAUUAUUAUUAUUAUUAUUAUUAUUUUUCUACGUGAAAAUAAUCAAGACUGGCAUGCAAGUUUGGGUUCGAAGAAGAAAACGCAUUUGGUUUGAUCACAUUCAUUUAAGUUCAUCUACAGUACACACUUGGAAUCUUUGAAGCUAGACAACACUAUUAAGGAACAUGAUUUAGUUUAAGGUGGUGGAUAGAGAAAACUGGACUAAAAUGACCUCAGGUGAAGUCAAAACAUACGCCCUUGGGUAUUUACGUUGGACGGUGUGGUCAGUUACUAAGGCAGGGUGCAAAGAAAGGGAGUUUAACAGCUUCCCAUUCGGGCAAGCUGUAGCUAGCAUGUACUAGCCUAAAAGUCUUUUCAACUAGCACGAGAAACAAUUUUUGAUUAGUGGGUUCGAGUACAGUUGUUCUUUUGUGAUUUGAAUUCCCCGCGAAACGUCACUUGCACAUCUGGCAACUUAAGAACAGAACUCGCUAGCCCGAUAGCAAAAUCCACCAGCCCUGGGCUAUUGGGCACUACUUUCUUUGCACGCUAUUAGGGCCACGUGCAAAAAUUCAGGUGAUUUGGACGGAGUAACAACAACAACAAGAACUGCUGCACUGACAGCAGUAGUAGUGAAAAGCGAAAAAAGCCCCAAAAGUCUUUAAUUUUGGGCUGUUUAUGCCGCCAGCCCCUUCGUUGUUCCUAUCAUGCAGUUGCAAGAUCUGUGAAGCGGAGAGUAGCCAGCGUGGCUGACCGAGCAGUUGAAGCGCUGGGGCCCAUAUUUCAAGGCCAGCCCUGAUCACUUUUUUGAUUUUCUCUCGGUGGUCCCGAGUUCAAAUCCUCGGCCAUGCUUUUAAACUAGGCAACUGGCUCGCCUCCUAUCAGUUGGGAUUUUCAACCAUGUUAUGUUCCUUUUGAAUUAUUUCGUUCCCCAUAAGGGUAGAGGAUAAUUUCCUAUUUAUAUUUAACAAAUAGAUUCCAUGUUCUUGUUCACUGAUAUGGAGUCUUUAAGAUCCGAUGACGGCGACAUGCAACGUGAGCAUCAAAAAAGCAAAUAGGUCUAAUUAGCAAAACAACUUUGCACGUGCAUCACGCUUUUUUGUACAUUUCUUUGCCGUCACUGCACGACUACCACGUGAAAAUGCCUAGUUUCACGUUUUAUGGAGGACGUAAACAAGCAAGGACGAAAUUUUCCGGAAUUUUCUUUCUCUUUCCAAACUUGGAUAAGCUCUUGGAUAAGACUCGAUGCGAAUCCUCCUAGAAUUCAACUCCAGGAGAGUUCGCAUACAUUUGGCAAAGUAAGCGAGCUGGAAUAAUCGCGAUGAAGUUUGAAAAACCCCCAAAUAACCCUUUUCCUCUCCUGCCGUCACCGUCCUCCAAGCAUCUUUAACCGCGUCCCAAAUAGAUCACAGAUGACGCCAAAAUGUGGUAAAAACAAACAAGUGCUACUUAGCAGACCCACGGCAACAUGGAACUAAUCUAUUCGUUUUAUAUGUUAAUGUUGAACAGAAAAGAAAAAGCGACAUACUUGCCUCGUACCGCUUGACUGUUCGAGGAUUUGUGCCAGUUUAGGCAAUUUCCAAGUGAUAAAGGCUGCUUUUCGUAUCUGCUUCUUUUUUCUUCUUUAUCUUACUUGUAUACACUUUCUACGAAGCUCUCCAACGACUGCUCUUGCUCAAAGCAGAAUAUCUGCGAGAACAUUUUCAAAACUCUGAGUUUCUUGAGCGAUGCCACACGAUGUCAAUGUUUUGAAGAUUUCUUCCACUUUAGGCAUUUUCAAGUCGUCAAUAACUCUUUACGAGUCGGUUUUGCCGUUUUCUUCCUUGUGAACAGUGCGUACUAAACUUUUUUUCGUGCCCUUUGCUUGCUUAAUUGGAAAUAAUCUCGCAAACAUUUUUAAACCACGCGCCACAUUGGGCAAAACAAAGACAACAAGUUUCCCGUGACGUCAUCCAUGAGUUGUUCGACCAAUCAUAGCGCGCGUAAUUUUCACCACAUUAUAUAAUGGCGAAGAUAAGGGCGACGUCACAUUCAGAGAGAACAAGAUGAAAAAUGAUCACUUGACCAAUUUGGUGGGGAGAUACAAGCACUGGUUUGCUCUGUUGACUCCAUACAAAUCCUUCUAAAAUUGGCUUGAUCGUGACGUUUACGCUCCAGUCCUUAUUUAGAAGGAUUUAUAUGGCGUCAUCGGAGCAUAGCACUGCUUAAAUCUCCUCACCAAUUUGCACCAACAAGCUGGUGUUUAGAAAGUGGACAUUUUUCAUCCUGUUCUUUUUUAGACUGUUUACCAUUUACAAAAGUUUCCGGAAAAUCCGGUUGUAAUGUAAAGGGAACGGGACUUUUUGGGUCGUUCCAGCAGAAAAUUUCCGGGAGCAACGGAACAUCUGAAAAGGUAGUCCUGAUGUUUGUUUGUUUGUUUUUUUCAUUUCUUCAGAGCCAUCUUUGAUACCAGUUUCAGGCCUUUCGGUAAAUGGAAGUGAUUUGUACAAAUGGUAAAUGCGAUUCCGGGACGAAAUUCAGUUACCAGUCCAGAAUUUUAUGUACCAUUUGCCCAAACUGUGGAUCAACCAGUUGGCCAUGUAAAUGGUAGACAACCUGAAUAUACCAACCUAUCCUAUAAUUUAACCAAGUUUGCUUCUGUGACGUCAUUACCUCUCUAUUGCAUGUAUUUAUGGUUAAUAGUGGUUUAUACAGGUAUUUAAGAUGGUCUAAUUCUUUUCCUUUCCAGGAAUUCUCAUGCAGCUUUAUCAGCUUUGCAGAAACCGACAGUGUCCACGGCGGACAGUGUAACACUCAGGUAUAAGGGGGAAUAUUUUACAUGACUCAUUUUUUAAAUAUUUACUUGGUAAGCUUUGCCUACCUAGCAUAUGAAAUUAUACACAAUGACUUGCUAAAGCUAAAAUGUUUCUGAAGAAUAUAGUUUUUUUUUUCAACCAUAGCCCAGUUUUGUAAAAGAAUACUCAGAUUAGAUUAGAUUAGAUUGGAUUAGAUUGAGGGUUUUCUGAAUCCGAGCAUGACUACAUUUGAAGUACUUAUUAAUAGUGCGCAAAAGACUCGUUGCCCAAUGAUUUCACCAACACCAAAAAACACCAAUUUUGCUGGACUUGUCUUUCCCUUAGACUAAACUGUGUUGGAUACUUUUCAUGUUAUAUUGCCCUUCUUUAUCACAACAACAGCAUUGGCAACUGCUUUCUUUAUGUCAGUCAGCAGUUGAAUGGUUAGUCUGUAUUAAUGUUAUAUUUCUCCAUCUCUUCUUGAACAAGAGUAUACCUGAAUAUUAUCUACACGAUGGUCGAGACCAUGCGUUACGCUGACCCAGGUGACUGCGAGGAAAUGGCUCAAGCUCAAGAGGCUUUCUUUACUGAGUUAAGUAAGUAUUUGUCUUUGUCACGUUCUUUGUCUGAGAACCAGGAGUGGUCUAAGCCACACAAAAAGUCAAAGAUUCAGUUUUUUAAUUACGUAAAAACAAAUAGCACUGUACAAAAGUACUGCUAAAGAGGUCUUAUUUGAAUGGUCACACCUUAGGGGUUUAUCCACGGAUUCCCCAGAAAAAGGUACAACUGCUUUGUAAACCGUAAUAAACGUUACCACAGGAACGUACUGCUUAGUGGCUUUCAUUUGAAUGGUCACACUAAAAGCUUUCAUCCACAGACUCGAAAGUUAGAACCACCUUGUACAGCAUAAUAAAAAGGACCAGAGGAAGGAACUUCUCAAUAGCUUUCAUUCAUCGGAAUGGUCACACUUCCAAGAUUUCAUUGUAAGACUCAAAAAUUAACAACACCUUGCACAGCGUGAUGAACAAUAUCACAGGAGAGUACUGCUCAGUGGCUUUCAUUUGAAUGGUCACACGUUAGGAUUUGAUCCACAGACUCAUAAGUUAGAUCCACCUUGUACAGCAUAAUAAACAGUACUACAGGAAAGUACUGCUCUGUAGCUGAAUGGUCACACUUGAUUGUUUCAUCCACAGACUCAAAAGUUAGAACCAGCUUGUACCGCAUACAACAAGGUACUGUUUAUUAUGUUGUACAAGGUGGUUCAAACUUAUGAGUAUGCAAAUGAAAUCCUAAAGUGUCGCCAUUCAAGUGAAAGCUACUGAACAGUUUAGGAUUUCAAGUUCACAUAUUCAUAAGUUGGAACUACCUUGUAGAGCAUUAUAAACAGUACCACAGUAAAAUAAUAUAUGUACAGUAGAUUCAUUUGAAUGGUAACAUCAUCGGAUUUUAUCGCUAGACUUAAAAGUUUUAAUCACAUUUAACAACGGUUUAGUCACGCCCUAAUGUAAGUUGUUUCUUAACAUGUUAGCUCAGCCAAUGGGAGGCGAUGAACUUUUGCCAAUCCUCUUGCUGGAAAUGGUGCUGAAAUUUUGCGCUGGUAACUGUCCACAUUUUCCAAUCAAAAAAAUUCUUCUGCUGCUCUGGAAAACAAUUUUGGUAGGUCAAAUAAUAAUCGCAGUGCAGUAAUAUGUGUUUACAGAGAAUAUAAAUACUCCCAACCCUUUGGUAAGACAAUUAGAUAAAGUCAGAGGGACAAUGAACGGUUUCACUUGUUUCAUCGCUUAGUGAGCUCUCUCCACGAUGUAGAUGUGGGUACUAUAUUAUCCAUUCGCCACUGCACAUAGAAAACGAUGAAUAAAUUGUAUUCUCAGGAUAUAGACUAUCAUAUACUUAAUUUUUGCACCUACAAGGUUUUAAUGUCUAAAAUUCACAAUUCAUACUUUAAUACCGCUUCACACGUUACUUCACACUCUAAAAUGAUUCACUCUUAUAUCGUCUUGUUUUGUCGUGCAACCUUUUUGCAGGUUUCUCUGGGUGGAAUAGAAGAACUGGCAAAGAGAAAGGAAGAAGUCAGAGUAGCUUGUGGCUUGCCGGCGAGUUACGAGUUACAAUGCCCGCCGCAACAACCCAUCGACAACGAGAGAAUUCCCGCCCCACACACCCCUCCCCCAGGAUCGGAUAGUGACAGCAAUGGUGAAAUUAUAUGGGACAGGAGCGAGGAGGAACCACAGGAACAGCGGCACAGGCCGCCCAAACCACGGCCUAAAGUCAGGUAUUAGAGACCUUUAGAUUCGAGAACGUGAACGACUACGAGUACGAGAUUUCGCGUCUUCUCAAAAUAUUACCCUGGGUGCCAAGGCUCCGGUUUUUCUCGCGGCUUCAACGCUCGUGUCUUCGGCCUUUAGCCGAACACGUGUCGGCCUGCGGCCGACGAAACGAAGCUCCCGACGCACGGGAGUAAAAACCUCUGGUACCCAGGGCACAAAAUACAGACUCCCCGGAAAGCUUUGGAGAGAGGGCGGACUUUUCCUUUCUUUCACCCUUUUUCCUCCGCUCACCACUUCACGCUGCGCGCUGCCCUCCACUAUCUAAACUCCUGGGAGAGGAUAAUUUGUACAUACAUUUCUAAUGUCUUUUCUUUUUUUCGCAGACAAAAAGAUGUUGAUAUUUUUCUGGAUAAUACUAGGAACAAGUUCGUUGGUUUUCAGUUGAGAGGGUAA